AUGCCCGGCGCUCUAAACGACCCGGCCCGGGUCCCCGCCGCUCCUCAUAUCAGUACUUACUGCCAGAAUCCCCUGUGGUUAAAGCGUUACGUUCCCAAGCGUGCCCUGCAUCUUUUAUGGUGGCUGGCGUUACGACACUCCUCGCCGGGACUGUUCUCGACUGUCAUCGCCCUCGACCGUGGGUGCGCAAACAGCAAAUCCUCUGCGCGGAGUGGACCUGCAAAUUUAGGCCGCCCAAACCGCACCAUCCGGUGCAUGCGGGAGCUUGAGCGACGACGCCGUGUCCGGGUGGAACACGCCCGGGAUGACACGCAGAGCACCCAUCUCGACGGUGCUCCGGCCGUCCGCAGGGCACGGAAGGGCUCCCACGGCUGCGGUCUGGUGGCUGUCGUCAGCGGGCGAGUCCGGUCGCCGUUCGGUGCUCAAUGUCCAAUCGUCCAUUCGAUUGCCGUGUUGCUCGCGACGCACGGAGCACACCAGCUGAGGCCUGAGCGGCGUGCGACGGUUCGACGGAAGCCAGCUCUGUGCACAACAAGUCACAGGGCACUUUUCUCCGUUAGAAAAGCUGCACCCACUCCUGGUGGGCCCAUCAGACAGCAUCGCCGAGCUGUGGAAACCAAACGCUCCUCGAUUCUCCCACCUUGA